GAAUAUUGACAUUUUCGGGCUAGGGCCGCUGACAGAGUCCAGGGCCUUCCCUGAUCCUCCUGGUGCAGUAUCCAUGGCUACGCUCUGGAUAAAAUCGCGCCAAACCGGCGCGCGAUCCUGUGGAAUAAUCACCGAGUGACUAAUUCAAUUGAUUCCCAUUCAACGCGACAAUUUUUUAGGGAGAACCCACGGCUUCAGCGUUUAUUUAUUAUUUUUUUUGUUUGGGGGGAUUGGAGACAGUGACAUCGAGAGAUCGUGAUGAUACCAUGGAGGAGCUGAUAACGACCAGUCGCUAGCAAUGAUGUGACAAUAAUGGAUACCUCCCCUCUACAUUCUACGAUUGGAGAACAAUAAUUGAUAUCUCCACUGUGCUAUUCCAGUGCUUCCUUGAGGAAAGAAGAAGAAAAUCCAAAUGAUAAGACUACCUAAUAAUUCAAGUAAACUUGUUAAGCCAGUGCCAAAGUAGAAAAGCCAAGUUAAACAGACCAAACAAAUAACUGGGCCAAAUAACUGUGUCAAAGAGAAGAGAGAGAGAUAAAAGCAUAAAGAAAUAGAUUUGGAGAGAAGGAGAUAAAUCAGAGAUUAAACUAGACUGAUGUGGAUGACGAGGGGUGUCAGCGUUGAGGAGUCAAUAGCACAUUGAGUUGUUGAAGAAGUAAUAAUUUAAGUAAGGAGUCAGGGGAAUUAAAAAAUGGGCAAUAAGCUGUCGGCGUGCAGUUGUGCACCAUUAUCGAAACGGGGCUAUCGGGACGAGGAUUCACCAUGGCAGACUGGAGGAAGGGGUGGAAUGGGCGGUGGUAGUCACAGGAGUGACUCAGGCCCUUUGCUCAGGUGCGGAAUAGAGAAGAAGAGACUAUGGGCUGAAGUAUUUCAUGUGAGUGCCAGUGGUACUGGUACUGUCAAGUGGCAACAAGUAUCCGAGGAUCUCGUCCCUGUCAACAUUCGUUGUCUCCAGGAUUCACCUGAACUGGUCUUCCAUAUCAGCGCCUACAAUAGUCAGGUUGAUAAAAUUCUGGAUGUACGACUGGUCCAACCAGGUACUAGAAUUGGUCAGGCAUCGGAGUGCUUUAUCUACUGGAAGGACACGGUGACCCAUGACACGUGGGGUCUCAAUUUUACAUCACCCAUUGAUGCUAAACAGUUCAAAGACUGCUGUUCACAAUCAACCAAGACACCAAGAAAAGCAACCUCAUCUUACUCCCUCAAGCUACCGAGCGAACCACCCAAUAAGCAAAAGGUCAAGCCACGUAUAAAACCACUUUCAACACCAGCAUCACCGAGUAGAUCCAAAGCACCACAGUGCACUUGUAUGCCACCGGACCAAUUUGUCAGGCUUCGGUCUCGAGAUGCGAGAUUUAUGUCCCAGGGCGCAUCAACACUACCCAGAACCAUGAACCGCACCUCAGAAAUGGAGAUGACGCCAGGACGUGACAAGAUAGCACCAGCAACAUCGAGUGCAUCGCUUUACGAUAAUGUCAAUAAUACCGGCGAUACACCGGGCAAAACAUCGAAAUCUGGUGACUCAUGUAAACAUACUGUCAAAGACAAGCAGAAUGAAACGUGCCAAACAACACCAAAAACCGCGAACAUCGGUAUUGGUACAGCUACGGUGGGUUCCCAGAUUGACAGUCCCGACGACAAGGGCACCUCGAUCUCUCCCCAAAAGGGAAUAAAACGCCAGGACAGUGCAACCCAAAACGGUGGUGAAAGCCUAAAAUCGGAGGGAACCCAAGCAGGUGGUACCCUCCACAGCAGUAAAUCACACCGCAAAGAGCAACUGCAUCACACUAAAUCAGCGGAUUAUACCGAGCUAGAAAUGCAAAACGGUAAUAUCUUCAACAUUGUCAAUAACAAUAACAGUAGAAAAUCUAAGAGUAAGAGUACAGAUGACAUGAGAAUCGAGAAUGCUCAGAACGGUGGUAUAAGCCUUGAUCCAAAUACACUGAAACGUAUGCUCAAACCAAUGUCAAGUAUCGAUAGUCCUGCAACGUCACCUGAAAUGACGAGAAAACGUCACAGCCAUCAUCCCUAUCAUUAUCACCCGAAUAACAAUAAUCAGAAGUACAUACAGUCAGAGGCAGAGAAUGAGAAUUAUGCUCAUCCAUACAGAAGUCCGUACAACAACAAAUUUCCAGGGUCAAGGAGUGUUCACGAUAUGGGUCGUCACUAUAAUGGCGGCAGAGGCAGGAUGUACUUAGAUUUGGAACGUAAUCGGUGCGCAGGUGAUAUUUCCCCUCCAUCAGACAACGUUAUCUUCGACAAUCAGUGCUAUGCUACAACACCAAGCUCGUCAAAUGGUAAUUCAGAUAUGGAGCAGCCAAAUCACUGCAACAGUCGUCGUUACAAUUCGGCCCAGUCGUAUCAUCAUCAUCAUCAUCAACAGCAGCAGCAGCAACACCAGCAACAGCAUCAGCAACAGCAGCAGCAGCAUCAUCAUCAGCAGCAGAAUAUGCAGUCGGCCUCAACACCUGGUAGUCCAUCGAGUCGUUUGCUGCUCGAGUACGAGAUGCAUCUCAGGAAUACAUUGGCCAAGGGAAUGGAUGCUGAGAGUUACAGUCUCCACACGUUCGAGGCACUUCUCACUCAGAGCAUGGAGAAUUUGGAAUUUGCCGAGAACAUCCCACUUAAUGUACAACGCACACCACACGCAUCGCGCAGGCGCUCAAAUUCUAAUAAAUCAUCGACAUUGCCGCUAUCCUAUCGGUAUUGCAAUGAGAGACAGAACAGCAAGGAUCGUGAUGGAUAUUACAGUGAUAGAAAUGAAAUAAUAAGGGAGAAGAGGGAUCGCGAGGCGGAAAGAGAGCGUGGAUAUCUCAGUGAUUAUAAUUCCAAGUAUGACUCGAAUUGUGCAAGCUGCAUUGGAAGCUCAGCCAGGGCCCAAUGGUUUCGUCACUCGGACGGAUGGCACUCAGGCAGCUCAACAUUUGGCUCGGCCCAAUCUAAUUCCAUAAACCCUGGCUACGGUGGACACAGACGUGAAUCCCCCUGGGAUUCUCUGCCAUCACUCCGCCACGAGGGAAGUCUCAACGAUAGUGGAUACAAGUCCAACAGAACUGAUUCCCUCGAGCACCGUGGAACAUUCGAUAGACAGGACAGUGUCAGGUCGGAUUACAUGUCCGAUAGAGAAAGCAGAUAUGGAAUAGUGCAACAAGCAUCACUUGAGAGUACUGACUCAAGGCUGUGCUAUUUGACAUCGUCAGAGAUGUCGGAUGAUGACCGGAUGUCAUUGACGACAGCAGUGAGCGACGAUGAUGAUGGGGAGAGUGUGAUGAAUUCACCAUACAGGGCUAAACAGACCGGCACUGCUGCUGCAUCUUUCAACUGCACUGGAGCAGUGCGCAAAGCUGGAUUUCUCAGUGUGAAGAAGUGGCUGUUGCGUAAAAAACAUCAGAUUGAAUUGGCCCGAAAACGGGGCUGGAAGGGAUACUGGGUGUGUCUGAAGGGUACGACACUUCUUUUUUAUCCUUGUGAUUCACACGAGAGCAGAGCAGUUGAGACUGCCCCGAAGCACCUCAUUAUCGUCGACGGUGCUAUCAUGCAACCAAUUCCUGAACAUCCAAAGAGGGACUACAUAUUCUGCCUGAGUACAGCAUUUGGUGAUGCAUAUCUCUUCCAAGCGCCGUGUCAAGUUGAACUUGAGAAUUGGGUGAAUAGUAUUCACUCGGCGUGUGCCGCAGCAUUCGCAAGACAUCGUGGCAAAACUGGUACCCUGCAUCUUCUCCAGGAGGAAAUUUUCCGUUUGGAAAAGGCAAUUGAAUCGGAUUACAAAUUGAAACACAUGGCUGAUCUCCAGCAGUCGGUUGUUUCCGAUGUCGAAACGAAACAGGAAAUUAAUAAUCAGAUUGUGCAGUGGGAGGAAAAUCUUGAACGGCUGCACUGCGAACAAUUUCGGUUACGGUGUUACAUGGCGAGUUUGCAGAGUGGAGAAUUGCCAAAUCCCAAGAGUCUGUUGACCCACGUGUCUAGAGCUACGAAGCAAACCCUAAACAAACUCGGUGUAUUCACCGUAUCAUCUUUCCACGCAUUCAUCUGUGCACGUAGCCCAUCCUUGCUCAACAAUUUGCUCGCUGGUCGUGGUGCCACAAAGAGGAGACCGCCACUUUUGUCAAGAUCCAACAGCGGCUCUAGCCGUAGAUCACUCCAGAUAUCCUCAAGAGAUGAUGAGAAGAGUGUCAAAGUUUCUGUACCCGAAAAUCAACUUGUAUCCGUGUAUUUACGUGAAAGUAUGACUGUAGAAGAGUUCUUAGCGAGUGCAUGUAGUAGAAAGGGCCUCAAUCCUAUGGAGCACUUUGUCAGAGUGAAGAAACGUCGUGAUAUGGAGGAUCAUAAUUAUUUUGUGCCUCAUAGAAAUGAUGGAAUAGAGACUUAUUUGCACACACACGAGAUGGUGGAGGUGUGCGCUAAAAUACUUUAUCAAGUGGAGCUACAGCGUAAUACCCUUGACCAGAUGUGGGGCUUCUCCGUUGAGGCUGAACUGAUUGAGAACUCAGAUCGACAGGAUGAGUUGUGCUGUUACGUCAGCCGAGUUGAAGAUAAAAGUGUGGCGAUGCAGAAUGGUAUUAUAAAGGGUGACGAGAUUAUGGUCAUAAAUGGUGCUAUUGUCAGCGAUCUCGAUAUGAUGUAUCUCGAGAGUGUCCUUCAGGAGGAACUUGCGCUCUGCAUGAUGAUGCGCUCAUCAAGAACAGAACCCCCUGAUCUUAUGAGGGUAAUGGAUGAUAUUGAUAGCCUGGUAUGUCCACCUCCACCAACAGAUCCCCCCGUAAUAAGCGAAGAAAUGAUAUCCGGACUUAUAGUACCAGCCCCAGGACGAAGCAAAGAAGGUAUAAUGCAAGAGUGUAUAAUCCCAGGUUCUCACCUUGAUAAUGGAAAGCAAACAUCGCGUACGAAUUCAUUUGAAAUUGAAAAUCUUCUCAAGACUGCUGAACAAGUCACUGGUAUUUGUCGUUCACCUGGUGAUACCAGAAAAUCCAGUCCAACUGGUAGUGUUGUUAGUUCACACUCUCAAGUAUUAACGCCGAGCCGACAGCUCAGCGAUGCGGAAAAACUUAAAAAAGUCAUAUGUGAGCUCAUUGAGACAGAGCGAACGUACGUGAAGAAUUUAAAUAAUUUAUUGGAGAAUUACUUGGAGCCGUUAAAGCGUGAAACAUUCCUGUCGAAUGCCGAAAUCAAUGCGCUGUUUGGAAAUAUUCAAGAGAUCGUAACGUUUCAGAGGCAAUUUUUACAGAAUCUCGAUCAUGCCAUUGAAAUGGAGGCUGAUUUCAACAACUUUGAGCAUCCAAGUCAAUUUAAGGGUGUCCUGUUUUCCAUUGGAAGUGCCUUCUUAUAUUACGUGAAUCACUUCAAAUUGUACAGCUCGUUCUGCGCCAGUCAUUCAAAGGCCCAAAAAGUUUUACAUCCGAAUGAGGGGAAUCAAGCACUGCAAGAAUUUCUCCAAGCACGAAACCCUCGACAACAGCACUCAUCGACUUUAGAGUCUUAUCUGAUAAAGCCUAUUCAAAGGAUACUCAAAUAUCCACUGCUUCUUCAACAAUUGAAGAAUCUUACGGACGACCGUAGCGAAGAGCAUCAACAUUUGAUUGAGGCAUUGAAGGGCAUGGAGAAGGUCGCUGAGCAUAUAAACGAAAUGCAGAGAAUUCACGAGGAAUAUGGAGCAAUUUUUGAUCAUUUAUUCAGACAGCAUCAGAAGUCCUGCAAACAGCCAAUCGAUUUAAGCCCCGGUGAUUUACUCUACUACGGUGGCGUCGAGUGGCUGAAUAUCUCGGAUUUCCUGGGAAAAAUAAAAAAAGGUCUCGAGCUACAUGCCAUGUGUUUUGUAUUUAAAUCGGCUGUUGUGUUUCUCUGCAAGGAGCGGUUGAGGCAGAAGAAAAAAUUAAUGGGGGUUUCAACGAAAACGAAUUCCAGUGAAGUUGAAAUAAUUCGGUAUCAAGUACUGAUACCCGUGACUGAAGUGCAGGUUCGUGCUAGUUCAGCGAAAGACAUGGAAUCGCAUUUUCUGUGGGAAUUGAUUCACCUGAGGAGUCAAUUGCAGAGACGCUCGGAGAAGGUGUAUGUCUUGUCGAACAGCACGACGGAAUUCAGAAAUGCGUUCUUGAAGACAAUUCGUCAGAUAAUUCGUGAAUCAGUGAGAAAUAUGAGUAUACCAUCUACUAAGCAGAAUAUGAGCCAGCCAAUGUCCAUGGCGCCGAGAAUGUCGACGGGACACGUUGAUAAAUUUGAUAAGUCGCAAUUACAGGGUCAGAGUCAGAAUGGUAAUGGUAAUGGUAAUACUGGCACAUUGUCGAAGAAGGCUGUCAAACAGCAGAUGUUAUCCAAUACGUUGAAUUCGAGAAGAAAACACAGUCAAUCAAAGGCAUCGGUCGAGCAUGAAAGUUCGGAAGACAGAGAGGGUGAGGACCCACCACUUCAUCAUCAUCAUCAUCAUACAUCAUUUCGCACACGGAGUAAAACCAUCAGCGAUACCACAGGUGAAGUAAAAGUUGAUAUGGAUUCAGGAACGAAAUCGGAAGGUGAGGAGGACUCACAGGGAUUUUUAAGCGAGAAGAAGACUAAUCUGGGUAGAACACCAAAUCAUCUCACGCUGAGUACAACUUCAACAAUAUCAGCUGGUAGCACUGGCAGUCAAGCAAAGCUUAUACAAUCCUCCCAUCAGCCGGAGAAUUAUCAACCACCUAUGGUUAAGGAGCUCGGUUCGCCAAUUUGGAAGCCGCGGGAGCUACCUUCACUCGGGGAAGCCACAACGUUGCCGCGGAAGGGUAAGUCGGCCGGUGAAUUCAAUGAAAUCAACUCGGCCCACAGCGCCUCCCGAAAGUCACUCAUUGAAAUCAAUAAUUGUGCUCAACAAUCUAACUUUAAUAAUCACGUUUAAGUUUAUUAAAAGCCAAAUGAAAUUAAAAAUGAAAAAUCCAAAAAAAAAAAAAAAGAACACAGAAACGAAAAUUCGCAAACAGAAAAAUAUCGCACGAAGGGGAGAAUAAAUUUAAAAAAUUAUAUAAUAAAACUAUUGAAAUUAACGUUAAUAGAGUAAGCAGUAGAUUUGAAGAGAGAAAAAAAAACUAAACACGGAGGUAACACUAUAACUCAAUAUCGUGUAACUUGAAUCUAGUCAGUGUUUCCUUUUUUUUUUUUUGUUAUUUUUGCUGUCCUCUGCUGCAAACUAUUAUGAAAUUUAUCUCUUCCGUUUUUCCAAUAUUUUUCAUCCACUCCUCUUCCAAUUCUUAUUGUAUUGACUUUAUGUAUUAUUUGCAUAAUUUGGUACGAUAAACUACACAAUGAACUCUUUGAGAAUGGUAACACAAUGUGUGAAACAGUAGCUGUAUCGUUGUACACGUUGUAAAAGAGAUAAAUAUAUAUGCCGACUGAUCUCAACAAUCCUAUGCAGAUUUUUUAAUGCAUUAUACUUUAUAAUAUUGAGAAUGAGACUUCGUUGCACGGAGACUUUGCAAGAUUUUACGAGUAAAUGAAUUCAUUGUUAGAUAUUAUAACUCUUGCGAGAAUAUUUAUAAUCAAAUAGAGCGUAGGAACCAGUGGAUUAAAAAAAAACCAAACAAGUAAAUAAAAAAAGGAAAAUAUUAAUCACUUACAGGGUUUUGAAUUUUACGUGAAAAUGAAGUUUAAAGAUUUAUGAGACAUUGUAUAAUGCAAAGUGAUGAUUUUCAACCGUUUUUAAGAUUGGCACUCUUUCACACAAAUGCACAAUUGACGAGUUCGAUUUUUACCCCAUAUUUUAUCUCAGAUUUAUUUUAAACAUAUUAAUUCUUCAAUUCAUGGAAAGUAAGAGCUUUAAUCGAUUCUAGUCAAUGAUAUCCAGGUGAUAUCAGUCUCUAAUUAAUCAGUUAAUUUAUAUGAAGAAUUAAAUUUUAAAUACAAAAUGGAAAUACGUAAGAUCGAGUGAUGCUGCAGUGUGGACAGCAAUAAUAUUGAAAAAACUAUAAGGAUUAAGAUAAUUAAUUGUAUAUAAUGUAAUAAGAAAAUUUGAAAAAUUGGAUGGAUUGAAAGCCGAAAUGCUGAGAGUGUAACGCUGAAAUAUAGAGGAAUUAUGGAUCGAAGAUAUAUCCAGGGGGAUGAUAUAUUUAUGAAUAUAUAUGUGGGCACUUCACAGGUGUCGAUGUAUAGAUCCAUUGUUAUAUCUUAUCUAGAAAGAUUUUAAACAACUCGAACAAUACUUCAAACCGUUUCAUCAUCACUGGAUGCUUUUCGAGCUGCAUAGCUCAUUUAUUUUUACCAUUACUUAGCAAUUACUCCGGGCUCGAAUGGCAUUUAGUUGUGCUGCAAAUAUCCAUGAAAGAGUGCAAUUAAAAAAAAUUUCAACAAUUAAUGAUGAGAUAAAUCGAUAUAAAAUUGACAUAAACCUCGGCGAAUUUCAUUUCAAAUCAUCCGAAUACGUAACAGAGAAAUUGUUGAUAUUAAAAUUGAAUGAUUGAUAUCAAAGAUUUAAUUCUUGUGAAUUAGAGAACAGAAAGUAUCCAUAGAUGAGAUUAUCCACAGAUCAAUACGAAAAAAAAAAACAUUAUAUAUAUAUACUUCCAAUACAAGUACUUGAGGUAAACAAAGUGAUGUUGAUUACGUACGUUGCGCGCGGCGAUCUCGAAUCUCGAUCGAUUUUUUGAGAAAUGCAGAGAGAAUAGAGAGAAAAAUGGGAUAAACAAAUUUCAACUAUUUUCUACCCGAUUAUUGUGAGAUUCGUUAUGGAUAAAUUUUACUUCACUCAUAAGCGCCGAUUGUUUACCAUUGAGAAUAAUUCCUAGAGAUAUUUACUCGGUUUUGCAGGAAUAAAGUAACAGAAGUUAACGAGAUGUGCAAAUAAAUUAAUUUGCAGUUCCAGUUGAAUUUUCAGAUUGUUAAUCUCACACUCUUCCAGGAACGAGUCAUCACCGACAGUUUACUGUGAGUUGAAUUUUGUAAUAAUAUUUUUUAUGUGAAAUUCUGUUUUGUAAUGAAUUAUUUUUAUCCAAGUUUUAACAUUGUUCAAUUCUAUGCUGAGAGACUAUUUAAUUUUAUUAUUGCCAAAACUGAUACUUCAAUUUGCCGGAAAUUUUGAGAGUAGAUUGCGAAUUUAAAAAUUAUUCAAAUGAAUAUUUGGGUAUGGAGUAUAUAAAUGAAACAAAAGGGAUGCCGCGUGUGACGAAAUAAAAUGAGAAUUGGUGGUUUUUCGUUGGUGAUUCAAUUAACUAAAAUAAUUCCUCGAUGAAAAUAAUCAUCAUUAAGAUUUAUCUGACCCCUAGAUUCUCCGCGCUCUUGUAUAAUUGACAUCACCGAUGUUAAAUGUUACGAGUCCAAUUAAUUAAUUAAUUAUAGUCGAGAAUGAAGAGCGCGGAAAAUCCUUCUUGUCACUAAAAUGAUCGACAUGAAUAUUUUAUUGCAUAAAUCAAUCAAAAGUCAAAUAAUUUCAUUAAAUUCGUCCGAUUUACGUUCCCAUCUUGAUUUUUUUAAUGCAUUAAUAAUGGGGAAUUUUCAUUGAGCAAAUUUAAUAUAUAUUACGACCACAAUCUUGCUGACGAAUAAAUACCAAUUCUCAUAAUAAAAUCAGAUGAAUACCUCUCGAUUAUCAUUAAUGCGCAGACUUUGUGAUCUCAAUGUGAAAAAAUUUGAGAUUCAAAGAGAGGAAUGAAUCGAAAAAAUACUCCAUAACAGGGCUAAUACUAUGAAAGAUCAGGAAAUGAAAAGAAAAAAGAAAGAUUGCCCGCUAGUCUGUAAUUUAAGGUCUAAUAAACCUUACUAGUAUACACCGAUUUCCUCGGUGCAGGAAAAAAAAAACUAGUAAAAUAUUCAAUAUUAAGUCAAAGUAUAUCUCAGUAAGACAUCGUUUAAGAUCUGACAGCGAAAAAAAAAAUGCAAAAAAAAUUAAAUAAAAUGAAAAAAUAAGGGAAUACCUAUUUAAUAAUAAUUAUAGGCGGUUGGCGCACAUAAAAGUAUUAACGAUGAAAAAGGCGAAGAAUGGAUUAAUCGUAAUUAUAAUGAAGAAGAAUAAAACUAAAUGACAAAGAUGGACCUUCUGUUGCUCGAAUUAUUGCAUUAUCUAAAUAUAUAAAUUUUAUGUAAUAAAUUCUGUCAAGGCGCGCCCUCCGAUCGAGAGUGUUCGCUCUUUAAUUCCAGGUGAAUACGACUAAAAAUUAAAAAUGAAAAAUCUAUCACGAUUUCUCGUCUCAUUUACAUAUUUUUUAAUAAACUCCGUACUAAUGCAUGAGAUUGAUGAUUUCAUAUCUCCAUUUUCACUUCGAUUCACUGAAUAUUUCAGCCAAUUAGAAUUUUUUUACCUAAGCAUUUACACGAUAUAAAGAUUUUCCGUGGCUUCGUCAUUGCUGCAAUCCACUCACCUUCCUUUUGUAUGAGAAAAUAUCAUUCGACAAAUAAAAUUACGUAGAUGAGAAAUCAUUGGCAUGUUGAUAAUUAACUGAAAGAAAAAAAAACUAGUAAGCCAUUGACUAUCUUGUGCACACUGGGGAUUGAUUUUUAUGAAAAUAAAAUUAAAUGACGAAUGACGAAGCAGAGAGAUCAUAAAUAUUAGAAGAGAGCGGAGAUGCAUUGAUUGGUUUGAUGGGAAGUGGAAAAUCUCGUCAGAACUCAGAGGGAAUGAGACAGGGGCACAGACAAGAGUGAUGUGAAGUUUAAAAAGAAUUAUUAAUAAUGAUAAAAGUGUAUCGAAACCCUCUCGAUUAGAGGCGUCCCAAUAGUUGGCCUAGUAUCGGAGUACCAUGUUUUUGUCACCCUCCAUCCCCUUUUACCCCGAAACCCCGGAUUGCCAUUGGAUUAUUGAAUUAUCGUCUAUUAUUGAUAUACUUCGAGAAAUUUUAUUGAUAUAAAACUUUAUCGCUACCGUUGACGAUGUAUUUGAACACGAUGACGGGUAAAUUUAAUGAAGUAAUUAAUACAAAAUGAAAAUUAAUGGAGAAAACAAAGUGAAUGAUCUGUAAGACGUUGCGAUAAAUAUUAAAAUCCAUGAUAAUGCGGAAUUCAGUCAUGCAUACGCAUUGAUGGUAAUGAAUCUCAGAAAAUCGGGAGAUUAAAUUUUUUUUUCUUGUGCUCGAGACUCGCAACGUUCAAUAGAUCGACUAAUGUAGUAUUUAGUUCGUUUAGAAAAAGGGUAACAUCCUAAUGGAUGUGGAAAAUAAACGAAAAAUACUAGGUAAGGAAAAGAUUAUAAGAGUAACGAGUCUUUCCAAUGUGAGAAAAAAAAAAUGAUGAGAAAAAUGAAUACACAAAACUCAAUAAAAUAAAAAAAACCUCUUCCUUUUGUUUUGGUGAACGUCAAUGGUGAACCGAACAUGUAUUAUAGUAAUUGAAAUAAAAAUAAAGGAAAAAGUGUUGUUUUUGCGUUUGAAACUUUGUAGUGAUGAAAAAAAAAACACUUACCAUACAAAAUAAUGAUAUUUAUUGUGAGGUAUCAUUGCAAUUAUUGAUUACAUUUACUGUACUUAUUGUUAUCGUUCCUCGGUUUACGUGGGAGAAACGUUUACGAGAAAUUCCAUUUGUACAAUCAUUACGUGACAUUAAAAUAUGAUUACUCAUUAUGAAAAAAUUGGCAAUGAGUUUUUUAUUUAUUUCCUCCUCUCACACUUUCCAAGAUUUUCCUGAAAACAUUCUACAUAAAAAAAUUGUAAAUUCUAAGAGAAACGUUCACGAGAAAUACCAUUUAUACAAUCAUUAUGUGACAUUAAAAUAUGAUUAAUCAUUAUGAAAAAAUUGGCAAUGAGUUUUUUAUUUAUUUCCU